AUGGAGAGUGUAAUAAGAGAGAGACCAUCAUCAAACAUGGUGUUUUUAUUGUUUGGUAUUGCUUCUGUUGUGUUGUUGCUGAGCUCAAACAAUGUUAAUGGGUUACGAGACUUAAAGGAGAGAGAUGGAAGUGAGAGUAGGUCUAUGAGUGGUACUACGUCUUCAAGCGUUUUGGAUUCUAAGAACUUUUAUACGAAUGUUUCGACCGUUGGGUUUGAAAAUGACUUAGUUGGUGAAAAUUGUCAUGCAAACAAGAGUAGAAAAUGUGAGCCACGAGGUGGUGGAGUAGGAGGUGGUGGGGGUGGAGGAGGUGGUGGUGGAGGUGGUGGUGGAGGAUUUCGUGGCGGAGGUGGGGGAGGAGGAGGUAGAGGUGGCGGAGGUCGUGGAGGAGGUUGGGUAGGAGUAGGCGGAAGUGAUGGGAAGGGCGGAGGAUGGGGCUUUGGAUGGGGAUGGGGAGGUGAUGGACACGGCGGAAACGGCGGUCGUUGUUGGUAUCCCGGUUGUGCUAAAAAAAACAAAGGGAAGUCGUAG